UCGAAUGGUGAAAAUUGGAAGUGAAUAUACGAGGUGGAGACUAUUUUGUUUAGGGACAUCGAUUCGUUUGUUUCAGACAACUAUCUCAGCACCAAAGCGUCAUUGUAUUGUUGCUUCACAGCAAACAAUUUGUGCAGUGUCAGAUGAUCGAACACUAUCCAAUCUUCCUGAAUUAUGCAAGGGCACCCGCAAUUUUAGAACUUCAGGGAUGGUGCAUGGUGAAAUCAUCAAACAUGGAUAUGAAGUGCACCCAUUACUGCCUAUGUUAACUAAGGUAUAUAUAGCUUAUGAUAAACCCGAACUUGCUGUACAACUCCUUGGUAAAACCUUCUUCGGAAAUUUUGACCUUGUCUCCGCCAAUCUGUUGAUAGCUAAUUUCAUGAAGAUUGGCAAAACUGAUAUUGCCAAGAAAAUAUUUUCUGCUUUACCUGCUAGGGAUGUAGUCACCUGGAAUUCAAUGAUUGGAGGAUGUGUAAAAAACAGAUUCUAUUUGGAUGCAAUAGGAAUGUUCAAAGAGAUGUUAGCAGCAGCAGUGAAGCCUGAUGGAUUUACAUUUGCAUCGGUCAUAACUGCUUGUUCGAGGCUUGGAGCUCUUGAUCUUGGAGAAUGGGUUCAUGGUUUAAUGACAGAGCAAAAGGUUGAGAUGAAUUAUAUAUUAUCAUCGGCCCUCGUAGACAUGUACUCGAGGUGUGGAAGAAUUGAAGCAGCAAAAUCAAUAUUUGAUUCUGUUGAAAGAAUGGAUAUUUCCAUAUGGAAUACAAUAAUAAACGGGUUUGCAAUGCAUGGACUUGCUGCCGAUGCCAUUGCAACAUUCAAUGCCAUGGAAAGGGAAAAUAUCUCACCUGAUCAUGUUACAUUUGUUGGAAUUCUCACGGCGUGUAGCCACUGUGGGUUUAUAGAGGAGGGUCAGAAGUACUUCAACCUGAUGAAAAAUCAUUACUUGAUCCAGCCACAGCUUGAGCACUAUGGAGUGAUGAUUGACUUGUUUGCGCGAGCUGGGCUUCUUAAGGAAGCUUUUGCAACAAUUCAGGAAAUGCCAAUGGAACCUGAUGUUGUCAUAUGGAGGGCACUUCUUAGUGCUUGUAGAAUCCACAAAAAUUCUGAGCUGGGAGAAGUUGUUGUUUCAAAAAUAAAACAUCUUGGUAGUGAAGACUAUGUUUUAUUGUCAAAUAUAUAUUGCUCCACUAGGAAAUGGGAUAAUGCUGAAGCAGUGAGGCAUGGCAUGAGCAAGAAUGGAGUUCAUAAGAGUAUUGGAAAAAGUUGGGUUGAAUUGAAUGGUGCUAUUCACUACUUCAAAGCCGGUGAUAGGUCACACCCCGAAAUUGGAUCAAUUUACAGAAUCUUAGAAGCUUUGAUGCAUCGCACGAAAAUGGAGGGUUACAUCUCCUCAGGCGACAUGGUUUUGAUGGACAUAUUGGAAGAAGAAAAAGAGGAAAACUUGAUUUAUCACAGUGAAAAACUAGCCUUGGCAUUUGGGAUCCUAAAGUCAAGUCCUGGAACUGAAAUAUUAAUUUCAAAAAAUCUGCGAACUUGUUAUGAUUGCCACUCUUGGAUAAAAAUUGUAUCGAAGGUCUUACACAGAGUAAUAACAGUGAGGGAUAGGGUCCGGUUUCAUAGGUUUGAGAGUGGUUCGUGUACCUGUGGUGACUAUUGGUAGCUAAAAUACUUGCUGCAUAUAAUGAGAGUUGUCAUGGGUUUGAGACGGCCUCGUCUACCUGUAGUUACUAUUAUUGUCUAAAUGUCCAGUUAAGUGCAAUGGAAAUCACAGUUCUUAAACUAACUUGAUGAUGGGAAAAUGGAUGAUAAGACAAUUAAGGACUUGGAGAUGUCAUGUUGGUUAUUCUAAGCAUAUGCUUAUAGAACUCUUAAUCUCCAAAAAUCUCCAAAGCAUUCUAGAGGAUCAAAUCAGCUGAGAAACAGGGGAGUGUGAGGUUCUCAAACCAAACUAGUUGUUAUUGUUCUUGAAGCUAUAAAGCGCUAGUUAUUGUGGAUUGGAACCAGCUGCAGUUUGCCUCCAUAGAUCUCUGGAAGCUGGUUUUCAUCAAUGUCCUCUCGCAAAGUGGCGUGCAGUCUGCUGUUCUCCACAAACACAAUCUUGAGCACAGUAAAAAGCAAUGGAUCAGAUAACAAAGAAAUUGUGAGUCUGGAGAGUAGAAAACAUCAUCAUCUGCCUUUGCUACUUCUGCCAUGAUUAUGGUGUGCAACCAAGUUUGGGACUGUCGAUCAUAAGAGAGUACGAUGAUAUACAACAUAACACUAUGAUGAGGUAUGCAUUAAAGUCUGUGUGUUUGUCUAGCUAGUAGAAUAUUUCUAUUUUAUUUAUUUUUUUAUUAUGGUGUGGUUUAAACGAGGGAAUCAUUUCUUAUUUUAUAUAAAAAAAAUAUAUAUAUUUUUUA